AUGCUCGCCCGCACCGGACUCAACACGGCCCGUACCGCCUUCAACCGCAAGGCCAUGCAGCAGCGCCGCUGGACCCAGGUCGACACCCGCGGCGGAAAGCCCAAGCUCCUCUUCCGCUUCGGUCUGAAGGACGUCCCCGUCGAGCUGUACCCUCUCGCAUUCUGUGUCGGUGUCGCCGGACUCGGCGGCGUCGCCGCCCUCGGCAGGCAGAUGGCCAACGGAACUCUCCGCCUCAAGCGCGACGGCCGCGCGGACCCGCACUAG